CAUUUUAUGAACACAUCAGCUCAUAAGCAAACAACUUAUCCAAUUUAAUUUCUUGUACCACUUAAUAAUAACAAUAAGAUGUGUGCUCUGAAAAGCAUAUUUAAUGAGAUUGAUAACUGUUGAUACCGUUAUGAAUCACUUACCGGCGUUGACACCUGUUGCUGCUUGCGACGGCCAGUAACAAAAUUGAACAAAAUAUAAAAUCAGGUUCUAUACAGAAAACGCGCGCGCGAAUCAUUAACGAUUUUAGAUGUCUUUUGAAUUUCUUGCCGUGCGGUUGUGUUUCGAAACCGGUUUGUGUUGCUCGUUGGUUAUUGUUGAAAUUGAAACGUGACGCGCCGUUGUCUGUUGUUGAUCGUAGUCACAAAUUGAAACUAUUUACCUUAUUAACUCAAAAAGGUAGUCCAAUAUUAGCAUAGUCAACGCUUCGCUACGCCACACAAUACAAUAAGUAAUAAAACACGCAAGUGCAUAGAAACGCAGUCGCUUUAAAUCUUCAUUUUAAGUGAAUUGUGCAUUUGAACAUACAACAAAAUGUUGUUAAUUCUCACACUCAUUAUCUUUGGCCUGCUGGUUUUUGGAUUUCUGAUCACCAAGACAACUAAAGAGGUGCCCAAAUCCUGGUUUGAAUGGAAGACCGAAUUCAAAUAUCAAUAUCUGGGCAUGGUGGGUCUUAUCCACGACUGGCAGUAUACGUCAAGGGAUCGCGUGACACUCUACAAGCAACCGGAUCGCAUUGCUGUCAUCACCGGUGGUAAUCGCGGCAUUGGCCUGCGCAUUGUGGAGAAAUUGCUAGCAUGCGAUAUGACUGUCGUUAUGGGUGUUCGGGAUCCUGCAGGUGCCAAGACAGCUGUUGGUGACAUUGUGGAUCUUACCCAAACGAAAGGCAAACUCAUUUGCGAGCAACUCGAUGUGGGUGACCUGAAAUCAGUGCGCACCUUUGCCCAGCGUAUCGCAGCGAAGUAUCCAAAGAUCGAUGUGCUACUCAAUAAUGCUGGCAUUAUGUUUGCCCCCUUUAAAUUGACCGCUGACAAUUAUGAGUCGCACUUUGCCAUCAACUACUUGGGUCACUUCCUGCUUACACAUCUUCUACUGCCACAGCUGCGUGCGGCUGGACGAGAUGGAAAGAAUGCACGCAUCGUGAAUGUGAGUUCGUGUGUGAAUCUGAUUGGUAGCAUCAACUACAAGGACAUAAACGGACUUAAGAACUACUACCCGGGUGCUGCGUACAGUCAAUCGAAGUUGGCGCAAAUUCUCUUCACACGUCACCUGCAAUCCCUUUUGGAUGCAGAGAAAUCGCAUGUGCAGGUGAUUGCAGUGCAUCCGGGUAUUGUGGAUACCGAACUGUUUGAGCACUCCGCCACCACAUCUGUGCCAUUCCUCAAGAAAAUCCUCUUCAAGACACCAGAGCGUGGAGCUCAUACUGUAGUCUAUGCGGCCAUAGAACCAUCGAUUGAAGGCCAAGGUGGCAUCUAUCUUAGCAAUUGCGGUCGCGGUCCAUUCCACGCCAGUGCCAAGUCGCCCGUGAAGUGUGAAAGGCUCUUUGAUUUCUCCUGUGAUCUGCUGAAAAUCAAGGAAUACGGAAAUGGCAAAUAAUGAUUGAAAUAUUCUAUCAAAUCAAAGGAUACCCUAACCUCCAUAAACAAUACAAAAGCAAAAACAUUCUUCAACUGGUGACACGUUAAUUUGCGUUAAGCUACUCUUUGUAUACACAUCUCUUAAUUGUAUAUGUUUGUAGUCAUAUUUCAUAUUUGAUUCAAAGUCAAGUAUUUAGCAAUGUUUCGUAUAGAUACGGAUAAGCAGCGACUAAGCGCGGAUAACAACUUAAUACUUCAAAUAUAUUUUAAAGCAAUUUAUACACAUAUGAAA